CUGAAACUUUUGCAUCCAGUUGAAAAUAGUGAAUAAAAGUCAAGUAACAGUACUGUUGAAGGAGACGGUGAUUAUUUCGAUCAGGAGUAACCUGCUGUGAAGCUUGAUCUCUACUGUGCAAGAUGGCCCUGCUUCAGGGCAGGGCCGCCGUCGUGGGAAGCAGCUGCUUGCUUGGCUCAUGCCGGACUGCGGGCGUUCGUGAACUGUCAUGCAGCUCAGCACGCUGUAUGAUUGGCGAGACAAAGUUGCCAGUGCAAGACCAGCAGUUGCGUAGACGACCACGCCGCAACUUCAUCAAGCUAUCCUCUCUUGGACUGAGCAAGGCCAAGUUGGUGGAUGGAAAGUCGCAUCUGAAUGAAGACUGGACAGAUGUGUGGCCAGUGGCAAGAAUGUUUGAUCACAAUGUUGUCCACUUGCCCUUACGUAUGGGCCAUCCGCCCAUCAGAGGAGACCCCUAUCCAGACAGUAUCGCCAACCAGGAGUUGAUGAAGAUACCUAACUUGCUGCAUCUGACGCCCAAGCACAUUGAGAAACACAUCGAGGCGCUGCGCCCCCUGUGCACCAAGUGGCCGGCCAACAUGACCAAUUUUACUCAUCCCAUUCGCGUCACGACCAGCAACUACCUGCGCCCUGGCAGAACGACGUUGCAUCCGGACAGCCUUGUGGUGACAAUGACAGUCCACAUUGACGCAAUCCCACUGUUCAAGGAGAAGUUGCAGAAGCUGGUGGCGAUCGUCGGCGACCGCUUUGAUCCGAAAACUGGUUUGCUGACGCUGAAGUCUGACACCUUGACAACGCGCAGGCUGAAUAGAGACCAUUUGAACUAUCAGCUCCUCGCUAUCUACUUUGAAUUGCAGAAGGAGGAAGACUGGGAGAAGACUGAUCAGAUUCCAGUCUACAAUUUGUGAUUUUCGUGGAGGAGUUCUUAGGAAACACAAACAUAGCUGGCAAACAAGACUUUUAGUUUUCUAUUUUAAUCCAGCGAGAAUGUGAAUUGAAACUCGCGGAA